AUGAAUGUAGUUGCCAUUAUAAUGGCUUCUCAGGAAACCUGUAGCGGCCGGGCCCCGCGAGAAACUCCAGAGUGGCGUAGGCCGGCUUGUUUAGUUGCUAGCAUACUUGUUCGAGCUCUUGAGUUCUCCUGGCUUUUCUCCACGUGUCUGCUUGUUGCCUUUGAUUUCGCGAGAGACUGCGGACUGCCACCCCACUCCGGGAAAACCUGGAGUGAUGGUAAAGGCCCUGCGGCGCUUUCUUUCGGAAAAACUAAUACGAAAGAAGCAACAACAAAUUUUUACAACAGGCUGGACGAGAAAAGUGGGGAAGAGCAAGCAGAAAAAAGAAAAGAGAAUAGUCGUUCUUGGAUAAUUUAUUUAUUAUAA